AUGGGAGUUCUAUGCGCGUGUGUCCCCGUGGGUUCGUACAUUGUCUGGGUCAGAACAGCGCCCGUUCCGCGCGCUCCUUUCAUAUCCAUGAUGUGGCUCGUGUUAGUCGCAGUAGUGACGCACUGGGCACUUUCCUUGAGGCAACUAGAGGCAACUAUCAGUGGAAGCGCUCUCGGCACCUCACUGUCUGUGGACGAAUUGGACAGUGCGAUAAUUAGCGUUGAAAUCUCUGACAAUGAUACCUCGUAUUACGAACCAAGACUCAGUCUCAUCUUCAAUCGAUAUUACACAUACGGUCUCUCUUGGGAGUACCUGCUUCCCCUCUUACUAGAGACGUCACUGUUCGGGCAUGCCAUCCUCCGUCCAUCCACCGUGAAGGCCAGAUCCUGUUUUCAUCUGAUCAUACCGAUCAUGGCAUCCGUCAUGUAUACCUUGUCCUUGACGCAUUGGGCCAUCUCCUGUUAUUACUUUGCUGAACAAGCGAAGUCUGCGUCAACGGCGGCGCCCUGGGAAGGACCGGACGAUACCUAUGCAGUGGAAGUAACACUCCUCACACUGUUGUCUCUCAACGCGGUUAUGAGUGACUCCAUCGUCCUCUGGCGCAUGGGCGUUGUUUGGGAGAGAAAGCGUCCCAUCCUUGCACUCGGGGCGGCCCUCCUUAUUACCACAUUGGGUCUGAAUAUCGCCAACAUCAUCUCCAAAGCGGGAAUUCAAGCGUCGCGUGGGAUUAUCUAUAAUGACAAGGACUCCGAAAUCAUAGCCACCUAUGGCGAAACAUCCAUUGGUCUUGCUGCUGCAUUUGUGUCACUGGCGAGUAACUUCUGUGCGACGGUAUUGGUCGGGCUGAAAGCCUGGUUGCAUAGACGGCGGUUCCCCAUGCAUUCCCGCUCCAGCAGUUGUCGUACGAUAGUUGAGCGGUUCAUGGAACUACUCAUUGAUUCCGGAGUUGUCUAUACGACGAUAUGGUUACUGUACUGCAUCAGUUUCUUCCGGCCAAUCACGUCGCAUUCCGCAAUAGGCCCCCCGGGUAGUAGCGGGCCGGUAGUCACUGCAUUUAGCUAUCUUGACGCAGGAAUGGCGCAGAUCACGUCCAUAUACCCUCUCGCGGUCUUCAUCCUCGUUGCCCUGGACAAGGUUCAUCAUUCGCGGGGACCCCAGAUCCUACGGAACAAUGACUGGCCUAAGGAGCGGAUCCCCAUCGUCUCCGUUACUCUUGAGGUAGACGUUGGCCGUAAUGCGGGCCUGGACUCGGGGUCGGUGCAGGCGCUCACAUAUGCCGAUGGCUCUCGUACCGAAGUGGACACCUCGAAACUGCCCGGUUCCGAGACGCCGUGA